AACAUUUUUUUCGCAGAACACGCGGCGAAGCGAACGGUUUCAGAGCUCGACACCCACCAUUACUGUUUUGAAAGCAGCCAUUUUUUCUCUCUCUAGAAAAUUCUCUCCUUCCUCCUCCGUUUUUUCUGAAUAUAAGUAUAAGAAAGAAAGAAACCCCUUUCUUUCAAUUCAAGAAGAAAGAAAAACAACUUAAAUUUUGCAUCUCAGUUUCGAGUUUCCACUUCUAGAGCGUUUCACUUCAAAACAAGAUAACAGCCUUUUGUAAAAUUUACUAUUCUUCUGAAACAGAAGAAUUUGAUAUUUUUAAAUUAAGAAGAAGAUCAAGAAGAAAUUUGAGCUGAUGGGUAUGAUGAAUGUACUACGUACGGAACUGGGUUAAGAUUAGAUUAGAUUAAUAAAUUUGUUUUUUAUGAUUUGGGAUUUUCUUGAAGAAAAUUUGAGAAAUUUUGUUGGUGCUGGUAAGAGGGAAACAGAGGAAGAUUAAUGUGUGAGAGAGAAAUAGGAUUAUGAUACCAUAAAUAGAAGAAAGGGGGAGUGUUGGGAACUAAAGAUCAUAAGCCAUAAAUAACGCUUAUUGCCAACUUUCCUAUAUAUUCUCUUCUCUUACAGAAUCUCAAAAUUUACAAAUAUUGUAAUCAUAUGGGAUAUUGUUUGAAAGGGAAACCCUAAAUUCAAGCCUACAUUUACACUAGAAAGAAAAAAGAAGAAAAGAUAAGAAGAUUUUUAUUUAUUUUUUUCAUCUGGGAUUUUCAGAAGUUUUUUUUCUCUUUUCUUUUUUUAUCAAUCAAGAGAAAAGCUAAAUUAUGUCUUGUAUGGGGAGAUCACCAUCGAUGAAGAAGCCAUUGAACAAACAUACAAAUCUUGAGUGUUUUCUUGAUUGUGUUACUCCUAGAGUUCCUUCACAACAUCUUCCUAAGUCUUGCAUCAGAGAUCUUAAUAGUCUAUGGAACCCACAGAGCAAAGAAAUGGUUGAAUACUUCACCUUAGGAGAUCUAUGGGAUUGUUUCGAUGAAUGGAGUGCUUAUGGUACUGGAGCACCAGUUGUUUUGAACAAUGGCGAAAGUGUUGUUCAAUACUAUGUUCCUUACCUUUCGGCUAUCCAGAUCUACACUAGCAAAUCCUUGGCUUCAUCACCGUCAUCAAGUACUACUAGGAGUCCAAGGGAAGAAAGUAGUGAUCAUGCAGAAUUUGAGACUGACUCGUGGAGUGAUGACAGUGACGGUGAGAAAUUAUCUCGGUCUUUCAGUAGUAACAAUUCUAGCAAGUUUUGGGAUGCCGUCUCCGAUGAUUCAAAUUUCGACCAUCAAGAGAGUUCAUGGCCUAUGAGGGACAGAUUGGGUUUCCUUUACCAUCAGUACUUUGAAAUGUCAGCUCCUUAUUGGAGGGUUCCACUGAUGGAAAAGGUAACGGAAAUGUCUAGGACAUAUCCUGGUUUAAAAACACUCAGAAGCGUCGAUCUCUCUCCGGCUAGUUGGAUGGCUGUUGCAUGGUACCCGAUAUAUCACAUUCCAACUGGGAGAACCGUGAAAGAUUUAUCUGCGUGCUUCCUCACUUUUCAUACGCUUUCCUCUUCUUUCCAGGGUCACUUAAUAGUGGGACGGAGGGAGUAUCUGAUAACGCAGAAAAGAUUCGCACUUGUGCAUGCUAAAAGCAGAUUUAUUCUGCUACCAUUCUAAAGAUAAAUAUGAGUUAUCGUUCAGCCACGUAGAGGUAUUUUAACAGUUUGAUCAAAAACCUGGUAAAAAAGAAUAUUAGGGGUAAAUUCACUUCAUUGUCAUUUAAAGAAUCUACAUGAGUUUGAAUUUUAUUACUUUAUGUUCUGAAAGGUAUAUUUGGCAUCUAAGAUAACCAUUCUAUUUCAGUAAUUCUCAUUAAUCAAAGCUAAUCUGACAAUUGAAUCGGAUACUGUCCACGCUGUCGUAGAUUAGAUGUUUUACAUUGCUUUAUGCUAAUAUGUGAGUUUGGUUGACAUACGUAACACAGUUUAGUUUAUUUUUGUUUCUCUUAUCCUGUCCUAAUGGCAGAUUAGAUCCUGUGCAGUUCAUCGUGUAGUAACAACUUGAUAACCAAACUAGUUAAGUGUCAUUCUGUCUUUGCGUUCCAGUGGUUGACAUAAUUAUGCUGGAGCUGUCUUAGUACCAACAUACAAUUUCUUAAGAAACAUGAGUUGGAGUAAAAACAAAAUCGAGGUCUAUGUGUUUAUGCCUCCGUCUGAUAUGAUAUAAGUCUAAUGAAGGACCAGGUCUGCACAACAAAUUGUUACUAUGUUUAGCUAUUAAAAAUUGAAAGCAUUUGUGCGGUUGUAUGGUCCUAUAGAUUAUGGGGUAUACAUUGUUAUACUCAUUGCCGCUUUAGAAGUCAGAGGUCAUAUUAUUUAGAGUAUGACAGGCUCUAAUAUACAAGGUUCUGAUUGUUGUCAUUGAGUUGCUCUGCUUACCAAUAUUUGCGUCGAACAUAUGCUGGACAUACAUGACAAGGA